AUGAUCGCCAUAAAUUUGGAUUUUGGAAACCUACUCGUCGAUCUUCUCACCACACGCAGGACGGGACGGAGAGAUUUGGCAGAUCAUGAAGUGAUUGGGUUUAUUGUUUCCGAAACCAAUCCCUUCUUGGCUUGGGAAAAAGGAAACUUAUCAAGAUAUUGUCCGAUCGGGGAGCUCGCCGCUCGCGGGAGAUAUCCCAUAUAUAAUAUCCCAGGGCAAUACACGGAGCUGCAAAAUGACUGCUAUGUGUAUGCAGCAACAUAUGCAUGUAACUUGUACGAAUUCAGCCCGAUGCUGAAUGGUGACAGUGUCACUGAUAGACAUUUAAAUGUUGGGGCUUGGGACUUUGAUAAUCGAAUCUCCCUACAAGAUGCGUGUCAUGAGGGGAAUCACUCUGAAGAGGCUGAUAACACAGAAGCAAAUUUCUCAUAA